AUGGCCAAAGACAUGGCUCGUUCUAUUUGCCAAAGGUUCCUCGAGGCACGAUUCAUUGAAUCCGCCGACGGAAAGUAUCAGCAGGUCUACAACAUGAAGGGCUCUGUCUGGCAACUGACGCCAAAAGGCGUCACUGUUCUCGAUCGAUUCUGCUCUCGCAACGGCAUUCAGCAGAAGCAAACAUCCGACCUUAUCGGGUCUACCCUUUCACAGCUCGUUAUUCUGGAGCGUGAUGGCCAAACCGACAAGCUCAUUACCGACCGUGGCACAGUCGAAGUUGUCUUCCGUCGAUUCGUCGGCACACAUGGUCCUAACAUCAAGUCUAGCGUCACAUCGGCAGAUUCCGAUUCGCUCAGUGACUACCGGGAUGGCCUCACGGGUGUCAAGAUGGCUAGCGAGCGUAAGAUCAAUGGCAAGACGUACCGCGACACCUUCACAGGCAAGGGUGCGACAGACUGGCUCAUGGACUGCUGUACAACCGUGGACAGGAGGGAGGCUGUGGACAUUGCGACGCUCUUUGUGCAGUGUGACCUGAUGGAAGCAAUCGUGCAAGACCGAGCACACAUGUCGCAGUACGCCGGCCACAACGUCUUCCAGCCCACCAAGAAUGCUAUUUACCAGCUCACCGCCAAGGGCAAGGAUCUGAUUAACAACGUGGGCUCCAGGGGGCGAGCUUCUGAAAGCGAAGGUACCAACCCAAGCCGCAAUGCGAUCGCGCGCGACUCAAACACGCAGAGGCUGGACAAGAUUCUUAACGACGCCGCACUCCGCUUGCUGUUCCGCGAGAACCUCAGGGAAACUCAUUGUGAAGAGAAUCUGUCGUUCUACCUUGACGUCGACGACUUCGUCAGGAGCUGCAAGGUCGCCAUCCGUUCUGCUCAGAAGAACCCGAAUUCCACUUCUAUGGACGGGAUCAAAGAAAUCAUGGCACAAGCUUAUGGCAUCUACAACGCCUUCCUAGCCCCAGGAUCCCCCUGCGAGCUGAAUAUUGACCAUCAGCUGCGCAACAACCUGGCAACUCGCAUGACGAAGGCUGUUGGUCAAGACGUCGCCAUGAUAGACACGCUGCAAGAGGUUACGGCUCUGUUUGAAGACGCCCAGAACGCCGUCUUCAAGCUUAUGGCUAGUGAUUCUGUGCCAAAGUUUCUUCGCAGUCCGAAGUACGAGCACACAUUGAAGCACUACGACUUUGACUCCCUCACCAACAUUCGCCCUGGCUUGGAGCGCAGCCAGAGUAGGUCGAACCGGCCAUGACGAGAACAAAGAAAAUGAAACAAAUGCUCGACCGAUACCCGAUAUUCUGUUGAAUCUCACGCUCGCGACAAAAAUAGGAGUUUCCAUACUCCCCGCAUUUUCCCCAUGAAACCCUUUUGCAUGAGGGCCGGCUCGACGCAAUUGGCUAUAAUUGCUUCUCGCCCUCUGCCCCGGCGUUAUUGGGGCCACUUAUCUAAUAUCGUGCAUAUCUACGACGGAUCGCGGCCACGAUCCACAAGGGUCGGCCUGCUUCCCCGGACUGGUCCAAUCUCCACUGCCAUCUGGGUCUGAUUUAUAUCUUGGAAACGGGGAGGGGCGUUCGAGGGAUUGACCAUCUUAGACACAUCAUGAAUCGGUCGGAGAUGUGGGUGGAGCAUUGCUUUUCCCCGAAAUCUUUGCAUGCUCCUUUUUUAUCUCCCCCCCCCCUGAGAGCGUUCCCACUCUCCGACAUUGUACGCUCUUUCAAUUCUGUCUUGGAUUCCAUUGGGUGGAGGACCGGCAGGAAAUAGGAAGGGAGGAUGCUCCCCUUCUCCUCGCAUCGGGACGAAUUAACGACGGCCACCAAAUGACGGCCGAUGGUAUGAGGGAAGCAAAAAGUCUAUCACGCACAACGCCCAACCUGCCAGCCCUUGUCUCUGUUCAACGACAUGUGGAGGGAAACUUCAAAUGUCGCCGACGAACAGGAAGGUGCGAUACCGAUUGGUCCGUUCGGAACAACCCACAAAGGCAGGCGAUGUGAUGGAUGUAUGGUUACUGAGGCAGAUGAGGAAUUUACUCCAGAACGCGUCUCGCGUUCCAUGUGUACAUAUGCACUCGCACGCGUGCGCAGAGAGCAUCAUCAGAUAACUUUGUGGCUCCGCCCUUCCUUUCGAUAGAGCAUUAGGGAGAAUGGAAGAGGAGCACGGCAUUCGCCAAUUU